GUUUGACGGGAAAUUCGUAAAGUUUUCCGAGUGAGUUCGGCCUAGCGUAGCGAUGUGCGCGAUACAAGCGAGUCAAACUGUGACCAUUUGAAUACAGUGACAGUUCAAAAGUGAGUUCGAGAUGUUAUCUACGGGAUUGUUGACAGUGUGGUACGUGACAUGGUGGUGGAUGUGGUCUGGCGCGGGCGGUGCGUCGCUCACCAGCCGGGUGGCGGAGCCCCCGCAGGAGUGCGAGUGGCAGCGCGUGACGGGAGACGCCAGCGAGAGCACACGCGUGCAGCUCGCGUGCUCGCUUCGCACCGCGGCUGGUGCCACAGACCUGCUGGCCGGCCUCAGCACCUCACAAGCACAGCGCAUCACCGUGCUGGAUCUUCAUUGCACGGAUGUUCUAUUCUUCGAGAGUUCUCUUGAUUUUGGACGAAGAAAAGAAGAGGGAACGCAACUUUUGUCGCGAUUUCACAAUUUACGCGAACUGAGAAUAGAAUCAUGUAAGAUUCGUUAUGUGCCUUCGGCGGUGCUUUCGGCGCUGAGUGGUUUACGAAGCCUUACCAUUAGGACACACAAUACAGAUUGGUCGGCGAUGUCUAUGGAGUUCCACAGGGACACUUUCCGCGGACUUACGGACCUGAGAACUUUGGAUUUGGGAGAUAACAACAUUUGGACUUUGCCGCCGGAAAUAUUUUGUUUAUUAUACAAUUUGAAGGAACUGAACAUAACUCAAAACCGUUUACAAGACAUUUCCAACUUGGGAUUCUCAGACUGGGGCAACGGGCCGACUGCGCCCGGUAAAUCCUGUAACACAGUUUUGGAAACAUUAGACAUGUCGUAUAAUGAAAUUAACGCCUUGCCCGACAACGGAUUGUCUAGUUUACGCGCACUACAGAAAAUGUUUUUACAAAAUAACAGAAUAUCCAUGGUUGCCGAUAGAGCUUUUGUGGGAUUAAGUGACCUACAGAUACUCAAUUUAUCAACGAACGCAUUGACCGCGCUGCCUCCAGAGAUGUUUCAAUCCUCAAGAGACAUUAAGCAAAUAUAUUUGAACAAUAACUCCCUGAGUGUAAUCGCUCCUGGCCUUUUAGAAGGAUUAGACCAACUUCAAAUAUUAGAUUUAUCAGUCAAUGAGCUAACCAGUGAGUGGGUGAACAGAGAUACAUUUUCAGGCUUAGUGAGAUUAAUUGUUUUGAAUUUAUCUUACAACAGGAUUACGAAAAUAGACGCGCUAUUGUUUCAAGACCUUAACAAUUUACAAUUUUUAAGCUUAGAACACAAUAACAUAGCACGAAUAACGGAAGGAGCGUUUUCUAAUUUGAAGAACUUGCAUUCCCUAUCUCUGGCACAUAAUAAUAUAAUUGAAAUUGACAGCGGGCAUUUUUCAAAUCUGUACGUAUUAAACCAGUUAUUUCUCGACGGAAACAGAAUAACUAAAGUGGAUAUACGCUCUUUUGAAAAUAUAACUAAAUUACAUGACUUGGGAUUGAGCGGAAAUCAAUUAUCCGAAGUACCUGAUGCUAUUAAAACAUUGAGAUUUUUGACAUCUUUGGACUUGGGUAUGAACAGAAUAACUAAACUUGCGUCUGCGCAAUUUGAAGGAUUAGAUGAUUUAUAUGGGCUGCGACUUGUUGGAAAUAAGAUAGAGAAGAUAUCUAAAGAUACAUUUUCGGCAUUGCCAUCACUACAAAUAUUGAACCUGGCUUCAAAUAAUAUAGAUCAAAUAGACGAUGGUGCAUUUGCCGCAAACCAGCAGUUAAAAGCAAUUGGACUGGAUGGUAAUAAGUUGGUCGACUUGAAAGGCAUAUUUACGAACACGCAACCCCUUGUUUGGUUAAAUGUGUCCAAUAACGAGUUGCUCUGGUUUGAUUACAGCCACAUACCAGCAUAUCUUGAAUGGUUGGACAUGCAUGAAAAUAAGAUUGAGAAGUUGGAAGACACUUACGGCCUCAAGGAGAAAACAAUGGUCAAAAUGCUCGAUGUGAGUAACAAUAAGAUAAGAAGUCUCGACGAAUUCUCAUUCCCGAGCAGCAUCGAAACAGUAGUUUUAAACAACAAUAACAUCGAAAAAAUUAGUCCGGGAACAUUUCUGCAGAAGUAUAAUCUUAAUAAAGUAAUGUUGUAUGAAAAUAAAAUAAGAACAUUGGAACUUGGUGCGUUUGCGAUAUCAUCUGUUCCCGACGAUAAAGAUUUACCGGAGUUUUAUAUCAGUGAAAAUCCUUUCAUAUGCGACUGCACAAUGGAAUGGCUGCAGACAAUUAACCAAUUAAGUGACCCCAGGCAGCGCCCGAGAGUAAUGGAUUUAGAAAGCGUGAGGUGCUCUUUAACUCAUUCGCGAACGAAAUCUGAAAUGCUUUUUACCUCGGAAGUAAAAUCUUCAGAAUUUUUGUGCGAGUACGAAUCACACUGCUUCACGGUCUGCCAUUGUUGUGACUUUGACGCCUGCGAUUGCAAGAUGACUUGUCCAGAUAAGUGUUCGUGUUAUCACGAUCAGACCUGGACCACCACCAACGUGGUCGAUUGUUCAAACGCCGGCUACGAUCACGUACCAGACCGAAUACCGAUGGACGCGACCGAAAUAUACUUAGAUGGAAACGAUCUUAAAGAAUUAGGAAAUCACGUUUUCAUUGAAAAGAAGCUACAAGUUUUGUAUCUCAAUAAUAGCAAUAUCGAUGUAAUUCAGAAUAGAACAUUUAACGGAAUUGAGUCGUUGAGGGUUCUUCACUUAGAAAACAAUAAUUUAGAAGCGCUCCGAAACACACAAUUUACAAGACUGCCCAACUUGAAUGAAAUAUAUUUGAGCAAUAACAAAAUUAAGUUCAUAGAAAAUGACACGUUUAAUUAUUUACCGUCACUGGAAUACUUGGACUUGGAUAGUAACGGUUACGUUGAUUACAUGCCGUGGCGAGUGAUUCUCCGACAGACUCUGCGCACGCGCGUCUCUGUAGAUGGAAACAACUGGAUAUGUGAUUGUAAAGACGUAGCGCAAUUGAAUCAAUGGUUAAUAAAAAAAUCAAAAGAUACCGAGACUAUGAUGUGUUUCUUCGCUCACGGCCAGCCUAUGAACAAAACCAUCGCGACUGUUACGAAAGAAUGUAAAACGGAAACCACUACCGAGGAAACUGGUACCGAGACCCUAAAACGAUUAUUCAUCGAAUCGAAUGACGGUGCAGAAAAUUACAUUCCAUAUAUUGCGGCGGCACUCAUAAUACUAAUUAUUAUUUUAGUAGCGUGCGCUUUCAUCUUCCUGUUUAGAGAAGAUUUUAAAUUAUGGAUGCACUCAAGAUACGGUGUGAGAGUGUUCAGUUCCACGCCGAAGGAUAUGAAUGACAACAAAAAACGUUUCGACGCCUUUUUUGUUUACAAUCCACGCGACGAAGAUUUCGUGACUCGCGCAGUGAGCUCCGAGCUAGAGAAUAUGGGACACACGUUGUGUUUACAACAUAGGGACUUACAACUUAUCGAAAGACGAUCCGGGGACAGUUUAGUGAGUGCGUCCGAAAGUUCUAAAAGACUCGUUAUAGUGCUAUCAAUAAACUUUUUACAACAAGAGUGGUAUGCGCCGGAGUCAAAGGCGGCAGUGCAAAGUGCGAUAAACUCAGUAAACAUUAGGCAUAGGCGCCAUAAGAUUAUAUUCCUUGUUUCUACUGACUUAAGUGCCAUAAAUAUAGACCCGGACUUGAAAGUGUUACUAAAAACGUGUACAGUGAUCGUGUGGGGGGAAAGAAAUUGUUGGGAAAAACUAAAUUUUCGGUUACCGGAUGUGGACGUAACCUUGCCCAAUCGGACGAUUCAUAACGCGAAUAACUUAAAAAGUGGAAAUCGGGAGGGGUUUGGGAGGCACGGCAACCUGAGGUACACCGCGCCGCCGACGUCUCACGACCCGUGGUAUAAGUACGGGAUGGCACCACCGAUCCUGAUGAUGUCGAGUCCGAUGCACUCAACGAGUGCGAGUGCGGAGGUAUCGGCUCGCAGCACCGAGGACGAGACGUGCUCCGUGGCCAGCAGCGAGGGCCGCGGCGACGACCGGUUGCCUCACCAUCACAGCUACGUCUCCAUCGACAACCACCAAUGCGAGGAGCGACCGCUGCGACCCGCUCAACAGAUACCCAUGUCUAGCACCACGCACGCCAGAAAGACUUAUUUCGUAUAGAUGCCUUUGUGAUGAAUAUCAUUAGUUGUAUAAUUAUAGCUGUAAGAACCAUGUAUAUCGUGAUUUAUUGGCAUUAAAGCAUGUGGCAAUGUUUACGUAAGCCGCUGUAAUUAGAGCAGAUUUGUGCCUAUUCUUUAAAUAUUGACGUUUCUAUUUGAAUAUUGUAUUAUUGUAACUUGAGGACUUGAUGUUUCUUUAAUUGUGGACUAAAUCGAUACCCGUGUUUGUAUAUAAAAAUGUACGGGCCUGAUAAAAUAUAAGCUGUAUUAACUGCGGCUGUGUAGCGAAACAAUUAUAGUCUAUUUGUAUAACGAUUUGCAGCUAGCUUCAAGGCAGAAUGCCGUGCCGUGUUUCUGUAUCUAUAGUGUCGUUGAAUAUUGUGUAUAUUUAAAGUCCCAAAACUGCAAGACAUUCCUUUUCUGCCUAUAGGUUGUGUCAGUUCUAUGUGUAUGUCGCAUAUGAAGCAUAACUGGUAAUUUAAGGUUCCUGAUUAAUUUAAGGCCCGACGUAUUGUAAUGAAUCUUUGUGAUAAUGUACUUACGCAGAAUUACGCGUAGAUGAUCAUGUGUAUGGAUGGUGUAAAUAAUGUAAAUUAAGUUAAAGUUGUUGAACUGAAAUGUACCCUAGUCAAUUGUAAAUAAUUUGUAUGUAAGUAACAGUGUAAAUAAUUAUGUUUAAACAACUUUGUGAUGUAACUUUUAGAUAGGAUAUGAAAUUUUUCGUAUUUAUUACGCUUCCAAAUACAGAGUAUGAAUAAAACAAUAUUUUUUAUCUACAA